GCGGGGCCAUGUCGUUCGCCAUGCUGCGCUCGGCCCCCGGCCGGUUCCUGUACCCCGAGAUCAGCAUGCUGUCGGAGGACGAGGAGAACGGGAGCGAGAGCUCGGGCUCUGAGGAGAAGCCGUACCCCCUGGAUGCCAGCGGGUACGGACUCAAAAGCGGCAAGCGCGGGCACGGGAAGAAGGCCCACCGCGUCAGCCGGGAGCCCCGGCAGCGCCACACAGCCAACGCGCGGGAGCGCGACCGCACCAACAGCGUCAACACGGCCUUCAGCGCGCUGCGGACGCUCAUCCCCACCGAGCCGGCCGACAGGAAACUCUCCAAGAUCGAGACCCUCCGCCUGGCCUCCAGCUACAUCUCGCACCUGGGCAACGUCCUCCUGGUCGGGGAAGCGUGCGGGGACGGGCAGCCCUGCCACUCUACCCCCGCCUUCUUCCACCACGGCGGCGCCGGCAACAACAAAAGCAGCGGCAGCAGCCCGCCCACCCAGGAGAGCGAAGGCUCCCAACCCAAGCAGAUCUGCACUUUCUGCCUCAGCAACCAGAGGAAGCUGAGUAAAGACCGAGAAAGGAAGACAGCCAUUCGGAGUUAGGUGCCUAUGGAACCAGGAUGGCGGCGUUGGCGGCGUUGGCAGCAG